AUGUCAGAUCUGCCGCCAACUCUCCCGCCUGGGGCGGAGACUUUGUCUAUCGUCCUUCCUCAUAAACCUUCAGCCUCCCUUUCCUGCACUUUCAUAAAAGGCACCACAAACAUCUUGAUCGUCUUUUUAAACGGCCUCGGCCUUCCACAGUCUCACUGGUGGCCAUGUAUAACCCAGCUCUUGUCUCUGGACCCAAUUCAUCCAUCUAUCCUAACAUAUGACCGCUACGGACAGGGUCUGACCGCAGACCCGGACCCACAAGAUGGUGGGCAAUCGCCUUUACCGCCUGGACAUCGUCAUGAUCUAAUUUCGGUCACGAAAGACCUUCGUAUCCUGAUAGAUACGAUAUCAAAGACCCAACAAAUCCUUCUAUCUGAAACACCAUUAAUCUUUGUAGCAAACAGUAUAGGCUGCCCGUUAGCUCGUUGUUACUCACAAACGUACCCGGCCACCGUAGCCGGAUUAGUACUUCUUGAUUCCUACAUGACAGAUACAAACUUCAUCGACCUAUAUCCCGACCCAGAUGCCCCUAAUUUCGAUCAACACUCCUUACUAGACGGAAUAACCGUUGAAGACAUUCGUUCCGCAAGAGAAGGUAUGGGAAAACUGUUCCAUCCAAGUGUAACAAACAAAGAGGGGUUUUGGAGAGGAAAUAUCACUUUUCUGCUACCUCAUAGCUUUGAACCUAAACUCCUUGGUUGGAAAGAAGAAAAUAUAGGUGGAAAGGGACCUUAUGUGACAGUCGUAGGACAUGAUUGGGAUGUUUUUGCUGAAGAGAGUUUGAGGAUGAAAGGCAUGACCAAAGCUGUAGCUAUGGCAUAUACGAACCCGGCUUGGGGGUUAUACAACGAGGGUCUUUUGAAGAUUACAAACGAAGAAAGGGGACGAAGGUUAAUUGCUAGUAGAGCCGGGCAUUUUAUUCAGCAAGGCAGGCCAGAUUUGGUGGCUGAAGAAGUGCAAAAGGUGGUUGUUUCGGUUGCGGAAGAAGCUUCACCAUAA